CAUAGACGGCCAAUAUAUUUACUCACGCUCUUUACUCACGUUGUCCUUCCCCCACCACUUCCACUGAAUCUAGACUUAAUUAUCUACUUUACACCAAACCCACUAUGGCUGCUGGACAAGAUGAACCGUUGGCUCUUACUCUGAGCUUGUACGAAGAUGAUAACGCCGAUGACCAAUUCUGCAAGAGUUUGAUGCAGGCCCUGGUCGACGGUUCCCGAACUCCGUCCCAGCUCGCAGCCGAUCUUGAUGCCUGGGUUGUGAAGGAGUCUUCAAGCAGAUUGCAAAAGUUCUCAGACCAACCUGAUCUCGUCGAGAAAGACGACGACGGACAUGUGCUCCGCGCUAGCAUGCCAAAUGCGAGCGGGUACGUCGAACGCUUCUUUCAGAGCUUUCCCAACCUGUGCUCCGUUUUCCCGCCGCACCACGACGGCCAGACCAGGAUCGUUCAAUUUCUUGAGGCCUUGUUAGCCAUUCCCAACCACGAGGUUCCCGAUUACUUUGUGGAAGGCGGCAACCCUAAAGACGUUCAUACGAUAACCCUAUGGUCGGACCGCGGCUAUUCGACCGAGUAUCUUCGUAUUGGAGCAGAUGCUAUCAGAUAUCCCGGUUCGGGAAUCGAGAACCCCGGCAGUGAGUCGGAGACUCGCUGGCGCAACUACCAGUCUGCCAUAGCGCGCAUCACCUUGACCGGCUUCGCUGAAUGCGGCUUCGCUAGCGCGCUGCGCGAUAUCCUGCCCAGCGGCAAGAAAUAUCCCAGUUUCAAUGUCCAGGUCGCGUCCAAGCCUGACACUAUUGGAGGCCACAUACUGGCUGCGGCGCAGUGGCUUAUAUGGCCUGACGAGGCGCGCUACGUAUAUCAGCAGUGUAAGAAAAAGGAAAAGACGGACAAGAAGAAUCCGCGGGACACGUGGAGCAUGGAAAAUUGGAGGAUAUGGAAAGCGCAGUUCCAACUCUUUGCUUGGGACGAGAGAAUCGACCCGCGAGCUCGCGAGGUGGCCAAGAAAGCCGUCGAUAGGAUUACCGAAGUUGAAGAGUAAGACGGAUCCUCGUGAUCCUGGAUUUUACCACUCUACACGUGUAAUUGAAGUCUUCUGAGGCGACUUAACAUACAUCUACCAUGGGAAUUAGUCAUGAUUGAGAAAAUAUAGGUACCUAUAUAUGCCAUAUGUAUACUAGUAAGUACCUAGAUACAUGAGAUUCGCAUGGCGUUAGCGCCGGGCGCAAAUCAUUAGUAUAUCGUGAGGCAGCCAAUUUAGUGGAUUACUAUCUCGGCGGGGAGUCAUCCAAUACGUUU